GUCUGGUGGGCCAAACAGUCACUGUGAAGCUGAAGAACCAGACAAUAUACGAAGGAGUCUUUCAUAGCUGCUCCCUAGAAGGUGACGUUGCGAUCACCUUGAAGUCAGCCCGACAAGUACCUACAGGACAUGGGAAAAGCGGCGAGGUGAAAGAGGAAAUGGUGAUUGCGGGAAAAGACUUCCUGCAGGUCAACGCCGUAAAUGUGCCCUCAGAGCCCAAGCAUCAGCAGCACAGCACCUUCAAGACUGACGGUGAGAUAGCUGAAGGAUGGGGCGAGGACCGAAGUCGUGAGCUAGUGGCCUGGAAGAGUAGUGGCGAG